AUGACUUUUCGUGAGCUAUUGAAGUCUUGUAUAAAAAGAAAAUGGAUGUUAUCGAGCAAUUGUUUUUACCCUGAUAAAAGAUUACAGUCGGUCGAAAAAGGCAUUGACAAAUUUGGAGAAAUAAAAAAUAUUAUUACAUCUCUGACAAGUAGAGUUAUUACAAACGAAAAAGGCUUACAAACAUGUCAAGGCAAAAUAACCGAACUUGAAAACAACAUACAAGGAGUAGGAAAUUUAUUCGAUAACCUAAAAUCUCAAUGUGAUAAAAACAAGAGCCUCAAUGACAAGAAUUCCAGUGAAAUUGACAAAACCAAAUCAAGCAUAAAUAAGGUUUCCAAAGACAUUUCUGAAAUAAAGUCACAAUGUAGAACUUCCACUGAAUGUAACUGCCAAGAUGAACUAGAGAAUCUCAAGGAAAGAGUGCUUGACUUAUCUUGUCGGUCUAUGAAGAACAAUCUCAUCUUUACUGGUCUUUAUGGAAUAAGAGAUGAAAACACCGAAGAACUUCUCCGAGGUUUCCUCCAUACUGAAAUUGGUAUUGAUUACCAAAUUGAAUUUGGUAAUGUCCAUCGUUUUGGACGAAGUCAGCGUUGUAUGAGACCAAUCGUCGCACGAUUUCUAUAUCAAGCCGAUUUGCAGUAUGUACUAGAAAAUGCUUACAGGUUACACAAUACUAGGUAUGGUAUCAAACAGCAGUUUCCGAAAGAAAUAGAAGACAGAAGGAAAAAAUUGUAUCCAAUCAUGAAGGAAGCAAAGUACAAUAGAAGAAAUGUGAAACUUGUUCGCGACCGACUCUAUAUCGACAAUGAACUGUACGAGAUACAUGAUGACAUCGACACAUUUGAUCGCCAAGUACACCCAGAAGAACGUAACGAUACCACACCUGGAAACGAACACUCGACGCCAAACUCACAAGGAGAUCGCAGAUCCACAAAACGGCCUCGCACGAGCUCAACCCCUUCAAGAUGUGGGCAACAAUAUAAUGUUAUAAACUUAUGUACUAAUGAUUAUAAUACAAUAGAUAUAACACCUAGUAAUAUACCUGUAGGGGGUAAUACAUGUACUGAUGAAAUAUAUGAUCAGAUUAAUAUGAUAUUUCAUGUAAAUGUUGAGAUUGAAAAUGCAAAUAUUUUAGAUGAUGAGAAUCCAAAUGCUCCUAGCAGUGAAUCUUUAUAUCAGUCUCAGGCAAAAGCCACAAAUAUUCAAAACAUAAAUAUCAUUUACAUUAAUUGUUGUGGAUUAAAACAUAAGUUACAAUACCCAGAAUUCGAAACUUUAUUACAAAAACAUGAAAUUUUAUGCUUUGUUGAGUCCAAAACUGACGAUAUGGAUGGAAUUUGUAUACCGGGAUAUAAGAUAAAAGCAAAAAAUAGACGUAAGAUAUCUAGAGUGAAAUCCGGUGGUAUUGUACUCGGGUUUAGGGAAAAUAUUUCUGACUGUAUUCAAGUAAUUGAGACAAAUAGUAAAUUUGUUCUGUGGUGUAAGAUUUCAAGAUUAUUUAAAGAUGGGGUUGUUAUUCUCGGUGUUGUGUACAUACCACCAGAAUACACUGCUUAUUCGUCACCUGAUGCUUUCGGUGAAAUUGAAAGCGAGUACCUAGAACUCUCAUCCAAAUAUGACAAUAUAUUUAUGGUCGGGGAUUUUAACGCCCGCACGGCCAGUGAGAAAGAUUAUAUUUUUAUUGACGAAAAUGAUAAAAGUAAUGAGUUAGAAUGUGUAUCUUUUAAUGAUGUAUGUAACCUUAACCUUUUUAAUAUACCUAUAGAUCGUAAUAGUAUGGACAAAGGAAAAAACCGUUACGGUAAUCAAUUACUUGAGUUAUGUAAAUGUAACAGUUUAUUUAUUAUGAAUGGAAGACUAGCUACUGAUAUAGCUGGAAAAUUUACCUGUAGAAAUGCAAGUGUAGUAGACUACUGCUUAUUAAAUGUUAAUUUGGAAAGUAUUAAUGAUGACAUGAUACACUCUUUUGUGGAUGAGAUCGGAUUAAUCCUAAUAGAAUCCGCAAGGGAAACUUUAGGAACAAGAUCAGACAAGCCGAAAAAACGAGCAUACAAAAUCAAGGGAGAUAAACCUUGGUUUAACCUUGAGUGUAAAUUUGAGAGACAGAAUUAUAGGAAAUUUAAGCGCAAGCUUAAGGCGAGGCCUUCGCCUUUAUUAUCUAAUAAAGUAAAAGAAUCUGAGAAAAGAUAUAAAAAGGUCAUGGACAAGGCUAUUAAAAAACAUAAAAAAGAUAUGGCUCGAAAAUUAAAAAAUCUUAGAUCUCAAAACACCAAAGAGUAUUGGAAAAUUUUGAACCAACGCGAACAUUCAAAACAACCGAAUAUUGAUUUUGAGGAUUUACUCAACUUUUUCAAAGAGCUAAACUCAGGUAACUCAGAUCCAAUUGACUUGCCAACAAAUGAUACAAAUUUGAUGAGUGAACUGAAUGAUAAUUUGAAUAGUCCAAUUACGAAAGAAGAAAUAUUAAAAUGUAUUAAGAAUUUAAAAAAUAACAAAGCUUGUGGUGAUGAUAUGAUUAUUAACGAAUAUAUUAAGACUUCUGGUGAUUUUUUUAUUGAUGUUUAUGCUGCAUUGUUUAACCUGAUUUUUAGAACUGGAAUAGUACCAGUAUCUUGGGUGAUUGGAACGAUUAAGCCAUUUUAUAAAAACAAAGGCAAUAAGUUUGAUCCUAAAAACUAUAGACCCAUUACUAUUGUAAGUUGUAUGGGUAAAUUAUUUACAGCUAUUUUAAGUAAUAGACUUGCAAAAUUCUCUGAUGAAGUUUUACUACUCAAUGAAAAUCAGUGUGGAUUUCGAAAUGGUUACUCAACUUGUGAUUGUAUCUUUACAUUACACUCUUUUUUUGAAAUUUUGAAAUUAAAAAAGAAAAAAAUGUUCUGUGCUUUUGUCGAUUUUGAGAAAGCAUUUGACACAGUGACUAGAGAUGCUUUAUGGUAUAAGAUGUUAGUAAAUAAUAUUAAUGGUUAUAUGUAUAAGAUUAUUCAUAACAUGUAUGCUGAUAUAAAAUCAUGCCUGUCAUACAAUGGUGAAAAAUCUGAUUAUUUUCCAAGUAACAUUGGUCUACGCCAAGGGGAGAAUUUAUCCCCUUUUCUUUUUUCGCUUUUUUUGAACGAUUUGGAAGAUUACUUUUGUAAAGGGAAUUUGAUAGGCUUAAAAACUAUAUCAGAUGCCCUAGAAGACGAACUAGAUAUAUAUGUUAAACUGUUUGCAAUUCUUUACGCAGACGAUAUUGUAUUAAUGGCUGAAUCAGCCACAGAACUUAAUUUGUUAUUAGAAAAAUUCGAAUCAUAUUGUGAUGUUUGGAAAAUGAAAGUCAAUGUAGAUAAGACUAAAAUCAUGAUUUUUUGCAAUGGUAGACAACCUGCUGAUCUGAAAUUUAAUUAUGGUAAUACUGAUUUAGAAAUUGUAAAUGAGUUUAAUUAUCUUGGGAUUUAUUUCUCAAAAAAUGGCUCAUUUAAAGCAAACAAGAAGCAUCUCGCAGAAAAGGCGACGAGAGCCAUGUAUGAAGUUAUCAAAAAGGGGAGAAAGCAUGGCUUAUCCAUAAGCUGUCAAUUAGAUUUAUUUGAUAAAUUGGUUAAACCUGUUUUACUUUAUGGCUGUGAAAUUUGGGGAUUUGGAAAUAAUGAUAUAUUAGAAAGGGUUCAUUUGAAAUUUUGUAAACUUCUACUACAUCUUAAAUCUUCUACCCCGAAUUGUGUUAUAUAUGGAGAACUAGGACGUUAUCCUAUUAGUUUAGAUAUCAAGGUUCGCAUGAUUUCAUACUGGGCGAAACUGAUUUUUAGCAAACCCAGUAAAUUAUCAGCAAUUGCAUACAAAUUAAUGUUUAGUUUAUAUCAUGGAAAUAAUGUUAAACUUUAUUGGAUGAAAUGUAUAGAAUUUAUCCUUAAUGAAACUGGUUUAUCUUAUGUAUGGUUAUCUCAAACUUGUGUAAAUGAAAUUUGGUUAAAGACUGUUGUAAGAACAUCUCUCCAAGAUCAAUUUAAACAAACAUGGUACUCAGAUAUUCAAACGAGCUCAAAAACAUUAAAUUAUCGCCUUUUUAAGGAACUUUUCGGAUUCGAAAAGUAUUUAGACAUUUUGGAACCCCGUGAUAUUUAUACUUUGUGUCAAUUUAGACUCAUUAACCACAGAUUACCUAUAGAAAGUGGAAGAUGGAAAAAAAUUCAGAGAGAUAAAAGAAUAUGCGAACUAUGUGACUUAAAAGAUCUUGGAGAUGAAUUCCACUAUGUAAUGAAGUGUUAUUAA